AUGGCUUCCGUGAUUCUGUUCCUAACCGUAGUUGGAUUUUUAGGGUUUUGUGGACUUGUGAGUGCUGGAGUGGCCGACAAUCGUAUCGACACAUUUGGUAAGCACAGUGAUGGAAGUUGCGAUUUGCCGGAUGCCCUGCUGAAAGAGAUACACGGUUAUCAACCGAUUGUGAAAAAGAUUGCCGACAAGAUAGUGAACGGAGAAUAUGCAGGCCGUACCUGGGACAGCUUGGCGGAGUUGGUCGAUACGUUCGGAGCGCGAGUGGCCGGCAGCGAACAGCUGGAAAAAACUAUCGAUUAUGUGCUUGAUAAAAUGCAAGCCGAUGGUUUGGAAAACGUCCACACGGAGAACGCUUCCGUUCCGCACUGGGUGCGAGGUUUCGAGAGUGCUGAGUUGGUAAAACCGUUCCGCAAGAAUUUACCCUUGCUGGGGCUGGGCAGUAGCAUCGGUACACCUCGCGGGGGCAUUAUCGCCGAAGUGCUGGCCGUGGAGUCGUUCAAAGAAUUCGAAACAAUCCCGGCGGAACAAGUGCGGGGAAAGAUUGUUGUGUUUUCGCCGGUAUGGGAGAGCUACGGUCGCACGGUGGUUUAUCGCAGCCAGGCAGCAUCCGUUGCAUCACGAAAAGGUGCCGUUGCAGCGCUCGUCCGUUCGAUUACCCCGUUUUCGAUAGGUUCACCGCACACGGGUCAGCAGCAUUAUCAGGAUGACGUCAAAAAGAUCCCCGUCGCUUGUAUUACGGUGGAGGACGCACAAAUGCUGCUCCGAAAGUAUCGCCGCGGUGAAACGAUGGAAAUUCAUCUCGAAAUGGAAGACAGACCGAUGGAACCGGUCGUUUCGAGGAAUACGAUUGGUGAACUGGUUGGAACAACGUACACAAACACAUCGGUUGUUGUCGUUUCCGGUCAUCUGGACAGCUGGGAUGUUGGUGUCGGUGCAAUGGAUGAUGGUGGCGGUGCCAUAAUCUCUUGGAAAGCGUUAACGUAUCUCAAAGCGAUGGGACUACGGCCAAAGCGCACCAUCCGGGCCAUUCUUUGGACGGGCGAAGAGGAAGGACUUUACGGUGGAGCUGCCUACAAGGAAGCACACAAGACGCAGGAACAGAAAGAAUUUAAUUUCUUCUUCGAAUCAGACAUUGGCACAUUUGAACCACGGGGGCUCGAUUUUGUCGGCAACGCGGAUGCCGAGUGUAUAUUCCGAGAAAUCGUCAAACUGAUGGCUCCUUUGAAUGCGACUGAGUUUGAAACCCCCACGGAUGGAGGACCGGACAUUAGCCACUGGACGACGCGUGGGUUCCCUGGAGCGUCUUUAUUGAAUAAAAAUGAAAAAUACUUCUGGUUCCAUCACUCCGCCGGAGACACGAUGGCGGUGGAAGACCCUAAAAAUUUAGAUAAAUGUGUGGCUCUCUGGGCUGCAGCAGCAUACGUUGUGGCUGAUCUGAGCGUUAGCAUGCCCAAGGAUGUAAUGCCGUAA